CGAGACUCAGAGGCAGAGGAGCAACCUAUGAACAAAGACUCGGACGAAGAGGAACAAGCUAUAAACAAAGAAUCAAACGAUGACGAACCAGCUAUGCACACGGACUCAGAGGCAGAGGAACAACCUAUGAACAAAGACUCACACGAAGAGGAACCAUCUAUGGACAAAGACUCCGAGACAAAUAAGGACUCAGAAAAAAAAGAACAAACUAAGGAUAAGGACUCAGACGAGGAAUAUUGUUCACCCUCAUCCACACCCACUACCAACGCUCUAAGUGUCACUAACAAGGCUCCAAGUACCACUACCAAAGCUCCAAGUACCACUACCACAGCCCCAAGUACCACUACCAAAGCUCCAAGUACCACUACCCAAGCUCCAAGUACCACUACCAAAGCCCCAAGUACCACUACCAAAGCUCCAAGUACCACUACCAAACCCCCAAAUAGCACUACCAAAGCCCCAAGUACCAAAGCUCCAAGUCGUAGAUCUAGGCCUGGUGUAGGUGCAAUGAACGGACGUACUCGAACCUUACCUCAGACCCUUCAACCUGAUACUCGGCCCUACAACCAGAUUAUACGGCCUCAAUCUGACAAUACUCGGCCCUACAACCAGAAUAGACGGCUUCAAUCUGACAAUACUCGGCCUCAAUCUCAUGGUUUACAAUACGUACAAUCUUUGCCUCCACAAUAUGGUGGUAUCCGUCAUUAACACGGCAAGAUGAAGCACAGCACGGUCGUCCUCAGUAGAUGAGUUGUUCGUAUUUACUAGUUUGCUUACAUAAAGCUGCUGUACAUAAUUCUUAAGUCACAUUAAAUGACAUCUCACAUGUAC